CGCAGCCAGGUGGCACCUCCCUGAAUGCUGUGUUGUGAUCCGAUAAUCCGGGUGACUACAACAUGCAGAUGAGGUUGGACACGAUGCACCCGCUCAGAUUUCAUUUCGUGCAAAAAACUUCAUCGCAGAGCUACAAGGAAAAUGCAAGUUCGGGGGAAUGCAAUACAGUCUAUCAUCUCCCCCCAAGCAAACGCGAUUCGCAAUCAGAUCUACGGGGAGAACGCGAUCCAAUUCGUGUUUCCUAAUGAAGCACUCAAAUCACAACUAAAUGAUAGACUCAAAUGGGUGUUCGGGGUGCUGCGAUCCCAAAAGAUGUCGGAUGAGGAUGCGGCUGACCACUUCCUUAUCGAAUCCCCGACGGUCGAGAAGGUGAAUGUCCUCACCCUCAAUCUGAUCGACAAAAACAACUUGCUGCGUAUUCCAAAUGCCCGAUUCAGAGGACUCCCUGUUGCCAUACAGCGCUGGAAACCCGUGAAAGCGCUCACACCGAACGACAGGAGGAAUCAUCUUAUGGCAAAUAACUAUUGGGUUGAAUUUAGCUUUGCACCUGUCCACAUACAAGGAGAGAUCCUCAAGUUGAUCGAACAGAUCGCCCCGAUCCGUGGAUUCAUAAAUGACCUACCUCACUUCCUGGCGAAGAGAGAUGACUUCUUGCUCAUCGCCGUAGACUGGCCUUCGGCGGAGCCGUUUCCACUCAGGGGAGAAUGGCACUGCCACUCCGAAGGGAGAAAAUUCGUCAUCCCCCUCAGCCAUCCACAGGACCCCUGGUGCCACGUCUGCAAAGCAAGAGGCCACCUGUACACGGACGAUGUCUGUCCGACUAACUAUAGGAAGCUCCCAAAGAACCUCGUAUCACAACACCCUGCGGAGCCGGACAAAUGGCUGCCUGAAGACCCCAACUUGAAGGGAUGGGUUUUCCGAACUAUGGAUGGGGGAUCCACCGGCCACUGGCAGUGGGAGGGGGGACAGACUCCACAGAAUACCCCCGAAGGGGUUGCGCUCCCGACACAGCAAUUUCAUAACCCCGGGGGGGCCCGGGGGCCUCCUCCACGGCCUCGUGAGGUCGGACUGAAGCAUCCCCCGGCGAAGGUUUACCAAAAAAAAGACCGCGCAGAACCCUCGAGACGACCACAUAACAGCCCACAGCCGGCGACCGCUGCCCCCAAACCGACCACUGCGACGGCAAAUGACCGCCGGCCUCCAGACACACAGGAUGGGACCGGUGGUGACAGGGCGAGACGUGGAGGGACACCGCAAACACACGGCAGGCUGCAAUUCAGACAGAAGCAAGGGAAACAAAAAAUGCCAGCCCUGCCACAAACAGAAGAGGGUGGACCAACGGACGCCCCACAACCUGCAACCACUUCACAAAUUGAGGUGGGGGAGAUAGUCGAAUCUGAUGAUGAGACUCCUCUGCUGCGCAGAAAAUCGGGGUACAGCAGGGACACAAAACCUCGAUCCCCAACGCCCCACAAUCAUGAUGGUACUGACUGCAACAAUAGUGGGAAGGGAGUGGCCACAAGUGAAAACCAUGACGGCACUGACUGCAACAACGGUGGGAAGGAAGACAUCACAGGUGACUGCCUCAUCCACCCUGUCACAAAUGACGUCGACCCAUUGCUGCAACAAUCGAAAGUUGUUACCUUUCAGGACAAGCACGAAACUGAUGGCCCCCCCGCCGGGCCCAGCCCCCUCCUUCUGGUUGACUUCGGUCAGAAGGCUGUCCCGGGAUCACGGCAGUUCCCGCCGUCAACCCGCCCUCUGCCGCUCCUCCCCAACCCACACGACAUUGCUGCAGUUCAUGAUCUGGGGCAUAAGUCAGAAGACGUAAACACCACAGACAACGGUUUCCAAAACAAAAUGGAAGGGGGGAGCUUCCCCGCUGAACCAGGGGACCGAAGCUUGGUUGUGCGGGACCAUCACCUUCCGCCACCGGAUCCGGGACCGCCACCCCCUCUGAUGCCUGACGGCUUUGGGGCGCCCCCCCCUGACACACUCACACCGGCCAAUGCCGCUCGGGAUGCUCUCAAAGACAAAAACGAAGGGAAGCGCCUGCCCACCAGACCCAGAGCCCUCGCCGAGUCUGAGCACGGCCCACAGCAACUGCGACUGUGCUUGCCACCUCCUGCUAACGCCCCCAACAUCGUGAGCGUGGGGAAGAUGUCGGACGACAGUCCACAGCAACAGCAAUUGAGGUUGCCACCCCCUGCGGAUGCUCCCCACAGCGACAGCGCAGGGGAACAGCUUCCAUAAAUUCCUCAUGCAUGUGUCCACGAACCAUCAUACAUCGUUCUUCCACAGAGGAGAGAGAGAGAGAGAGAGAGAGAGAGAGAGAGAGAGAGAGAGAGAGAGCUGGAUGGACACGACAUCAAAGGUCAAGUCGAACAUCACACAGAAGUCGGUAAACCAAAAAUCCCGAGCACAAACGGGGAUUAAAAGAAAUUAGAAACCCCAAUGGGGGAAUCGACGUCGAGAUCAUCCCCGGAUACUGCCGAAAGAAUAGCGCCGAAGCAGCAUCAAAUGGCGUGUGACACCGGCCCUCCAGGAGUCUUUGCUGGCUUAAAGACCCUAGUGGUUCUCUUGACCUUUAUACUACCGAGAUCCUAGAAGAUAAAUGCUGGGGAGUACCUUUCUGGUCUAGUCCCUGAACAAAUUUUACACUGUAUC